AUGGUGGAGCAGAGGCAGAGGGGCUGUGGGCAGUUAGGGACCCCGUGGCCCGUGGCUGGUGGCGAAGAGGGGACGGCUGAGAUGGACUCCAACUUCACCAUGGCCCUGACCACUGUCAGCAGCAGCAGCAGCAGCGACCCUCAGCCUGAGGUCUGUGACCUCUACGCGCACCACGGCACGGCCAGGGUGCUCAUGCCUCUGCACUACUGUGCUGUCUUCGUCAUUGGGCUGGUGGGCAACGUGCUAGCCUUGGUGGUCAUUGUGCAGAACCGGAAGAAGAUCAACUCCACCACUCUCUACUCCACCAACCUGGUGGUAUCUGACAUCCUGUUCACCACAGCCCUGCCGGCCCGCAUCGCCUACUAUGCCCUGGGCUUUGACUGGCACCUGGGCGAGCCCCUGUGCCGGAUCACAGCGCUCGUGUUCUAUGUCAACACCUACGCGGGUGUCAACUUCAUGACCUGCCUGAGCGUCGACCGCUUCUUCGCCGUGGUGCACCCGCUGCGCUACCACCAGCUCAAGCGGGUGGAGUAUGCCAAGGGCAUCUGCGUGGGCGUCUGGGUCCUGGUGUUGGCACAGACGCUGCCGCUGCUCGUCAGGCCCAUGUCCAAGGAGGAGGACGGCCGGACCACGUGCAUGGAGUACCCCAACUUCGAGGAGACGGCCGCCCUGCCCUGGAUCCUGCUGGGUGCCUGCCUGGUGGGCUACGUGCUCCCGCUGGCCGUCAUCCUCCUGUGCUAUUCCCGCAUCUGCUGCAAGCUCUUCCGCACCGCCAAGCAGAACCCGCUGAGCGAGAAGUCGGGAGUCAACAAGAAGGCCCUCAACAUCAUCGUCCUCAUCAUCGUGGUUUUCGUGCUCUGCUUCACGCCCUACCACGUGGCCCUCAUCCAGCACAUGAUCCGGAAACUUUUGGAACCCGGGCCCCUGGACUGCAGCCGGCGCCAGGCCUUCCAGGUCUCCCUGCAUGUCACCGUGUGCCUCAUGAACUUCAACUGCUGCAUGGACCCCUUCAUCUACUUCUUCGCCUGCAAGGGCUACAAGCGGAGGGUGAUGAAGAUACUCAAGAGGCAGGUCAGCGUCUCCAUCUCCAGUGCCGUGAGGUCGGCCCCCGAGGAGAACUCGCGGGAAAUGACCGAGACCCAAACGAUGAUCCACUCCAAGUCUCUGAACGGGAAGUGA